UAUGGACCAAAUGGUGUAUGUCAGACAUUACCGUUGGAAGGUGUGUCUGACCGCGAUUACGAGUCUCAUCUCCGUAAGUAUCACGUCAGCGCCGAUAGUGCAAAGAACGUCUCUCCGAAUGCGCCAUCAAGUGGCGAAAUCGCAGAAGUAAAAUGCCGAACGUUUACUGUGCAGAGGUGA